AUGCCCCAGUCGCUCUUCCCUCAACAGCCGCAACACGGACAGCAACCUCACCCGCAUAACCUCGGUCUCCUCCAAAACAAUCAGGGCGCGAACCCUGGCCUUGGUAUCAUGCCUGGCCAGCCUGGUCCCUCUAAUCCGAACUAUCCCAUGGUCAUGCAGCAAGGCAACCCCCCGCGACAGCCCAUGUUCAUGAGGGCGCAACCUAAUGGUUCAGGUCUGCAUCCCGGUGGUGGUGGUGGACCCCCUCACAUGGCUGGCCUCGCGCCUGCCCAGAUGCAAAAUAUGCAGGGCAUGGGUAGUAACAUGGGUGGAUACCCUGGUGGAGGUAUGGUUCCCCAGCAGACCGUCCGUCGCGUCCAGUCGCAGCCGUUAGCUCAGGGGGGUGCACAUAUCGGCGCGAUGCAGCCGGGCAUGAUCGGUGGCGGUAUGGGUGGUAUGAACGGCUCUCAGCAAAUGGGCGGGAUUACUCGCAUGACGAAUCAUAACCUCCAGAUGCGGCCGCAGCCUUCGUCGCACCCCCAAGGAGGCUCGAUGUCCCCAGAAAUGAGUCUCCCGAUGGUUCGACCCGCGUCUAUGAAUGGGGCGCCGUCGCUUCAGGUCCACACGCGGGCUAGCUCGGGGUCGCAAAUGAUGCCCACCCUUACGCAGCCGGUCAACCUCGCUCAAGGGCACGCGAUGCAACACUUCGGGAACCCGAUGUCGCUCCCUCAUCAACACCAGCAGUCGCAGAUGGUUUCGUCGACGCACGUAGGCCCGUCGGGUCAGCAGCCGCCAAACAUGGGUCCCCAAACGGGCGGGAACCGUAUGGUGACGCCCGACAACACCAUGUUCAUGUCCUGGAACCAGAACCCACCGACCCAGUCAACGCUUUCUCACGGCGUCCAGCGGAUGCCAAUGGAGGGCAUCAACAACGGCCAAUUCAGUAUCGCACACUCGCCGUCGCCUAUGAACGCGGGGGGCGAUAUGUCUCAACCUAGAAACCCGCCAAUGAACCCGUCGGGCGUGAUGACCCCCGCCCAGGCGCUUGGCCAGAUGAACCACGGCGGAGAGAGCUUCCCAACGGGUUCGUACGGUAUGGCUCAGCCUACGGUAUCUGCGCCACCCCGACCACCCUCGCAUAACGGUCCACACAAUGGAUUCCCGAUGCCUCCGAACACUUCACAACCUACCCAACGAUCGCCCCGCCAACCCGAUCACCUCUCCAACCCGAUGCAUCCUGGUGGAACAGUAAUGCAGCGACCUCAGUCUCAGCCUCAGGUCUCACACCGUCAGUCUCCUAUCCCUCCUAAUCCCGUUCGCACACCUCGCAGCUCGCAGCCCUCCUUGCCCAUGAAUACAGGCGGUAUGCCACCACCACAACGCGUUCCUACAGCCGCGGGUCACAGUCCACAAGGCCCUCCGCACCAGUCCGCCCAGCCACCGGCUAGCGCACCUCCAUCCACGCACCCCGCACAGGUAGAAUCGCGGCCACCAAGCGCGACAGCUGCACGGCCAGGAGCGCGCACUCCGGCACCGCCGACGAAUACGGCGCCUGCGGCAGGACAGCAGUCGAACGCAGCAGCGGAUGCUAAUCAGCCGCAGCGAGUCAGUGUGCCACCAUCGACGCCUUCAGCGGGGCCAUCAGCACCUGUGUCUUCAGCUCCUGCUGUCGCUGCGUCGCGUCCUCCUAUAUACCCAAUAGGACUUGGACAGGGGAUCAACCUGCUCCUUCAGCUGAGUGGCGCGUUGGGUGUGGACAGUAAACAGCGUCUCAAUAUGUCAUACUGGACCACCGUCGUCUCGAAAUACUUCUCGGAGAAGGCUACCAUGAAGCUGACUCUUUGGAAGGACAACCAACAGGUGGAGGCGAAACCAUUCGAAAUCGGCUAUCCCAUCUUCCCACGGUUUUUCCUCGUCACAAGUCAAUCAGGAGUCAAAACUCAGACUCUCACCAUCGAUGGCGCUCGAGAGCGGCUCCUCCAUCCUAUGCAUGCGGUCAUCGAGUGCGCUACCGCGCAGUGGACGUUCCGCUACACGAACGGGUAUAGCAUCACCCUUCGCGGCCCCUUCACUGCGGAGAUCUCUGUGCUGUUGUUGAAUCCUAAUCAGCAAUCAUCCUCACAACAGCCUGUGCCUUCGUACGCGUUGAAGGUGGAACGCUUGCAGUUCGACGCGUUCUGGCACGAUAAGUACCUGGCCUUCGACGCCAUUCAGGGCACUCGAAUACCAGACUCGCCGCGGGUGGUGCCCAUGUCGCCUAAUGGCGCAGCGAAUGGGACAGCAGAGGACAUGAGUAGAGGGGACUCCAGCCAGUUCGAUGAGCCCCGGUACUUGAUCGAGAAUGGGGUCAUCCCUGCGGAACCCAUCAACGCGUUUGGGAUUCCUCAGGCGACAAUGCGAUGUCUAGAGCUGGCGGAAAGCGUUGCGCAAAUGUCUGAUCUCAUCCAGUUCUCUGUAACCAAGAAGAUGGGGCCUUGUGAUGCCUUGAGAGCGUUCGCGGAUAAAAUCCGCGAGGAACAAGCCGCGAAUCGUGGCAGCUAUAGCGGCAACGUGAUGGGUGGCUCGACGUACUCGGAACCGCCGAAUGGUAUACCGACGGCUGGACCAUCGACUUCCUUGGGACAUAUGGGAAGCGCGCCAGCUCCAUCGCAGCCAACAUCUAGUAGUGAUCAGCAGAAUGUCGGUCAACUCGAUGGAGCUGGGAGGUCCGCGAAGGCAACGCCACAGUCCGCACAGGCGUCGGGCUCUACACCAUCUGCGUCUACACCAGCUUCUGCACCGACGCCCGGCGGACCAACGACGCCGUCAAUGGCAAACGCUUCGCUGAAGCGCAAAGCACCGUCGAGCCAGCGGGCGGGCGACGACCCGCCCACGACCGCAAACUCGGAGCCGCAGCCGACAGCGAAGCGGGGGAGUCGAAAACGAACAAAGACACAAGGGUCAUAA